CUUCACAAGACCCUUGAUGACCACUCUCUUGUCCGUAGAAGUCUUAAGCACGGUCAGGAUGUUUUCCACUAAUUCCCGAUUCAUUUAUCUAUAUUUUGUAAAAUUUUAAGAAUAUUAUAUUUCCAAGUGCUUUUAAGGCAAGGACAAAAUUACAUAUUGCAGAAGCUUAAGCCAAUUGGCUGUCAAAGGCGUCAACAGAGAAAAAAAGAAACGAAAAGAAGAUGCGAUGAUAAAAGCAAAAAAAAAACGAGCAAAAUAAAAACGGGUCAGCUGUUUUUGAGUUAUGCUAUUUUUGUGGCUGCUUGGAUAACAAUCGUUCCACUGUUUAUAGCGGAAGGAAUAUUGAAAAGUUAUGAAGCGGCAUCUUCAAUUGAGCAUUAAACAACUGUCGAGCUGCUACGCGGAUGGUAGUAUUUCGCCACGUUUGGUUGUGGACCACUCACUCGACGAUGCUGUGAAACUGAAGCACUUGAAUGCUUUUAUACGAUUAUCACCGGAAAAGGCCUUACAUGAAGCUAAAGAGUCUAGUUAUCGUUACGAGAACAAGGAGCAUCAAGGGGUACUUGAUGGAGUUCCGAUCGCGAUAAAAGAUAACUUUUGUACGAAAGACCUAACUACGACUUGUGCGUCAAAAAUGUUGGCGAAUUUCAUACCACCUUUCAACGCCACUGUCUGUGAACGGUUGUCGUCUGCUGGAGCGAUUCUAAUUGGUAAAACAAACAUGGAUCAAUUCGCUAUGGGAUCUGGAACAGUGGAUUCAAUUUUCGGACCUACAAGAAAUGUAUGGAGUCGAGAUUUAAGCGAUCAAAAAUGGCAUAUAUCUGGUGGAAGCUCCGGUGGAUCUGCGACGGCCGUAGCUGCGGGUAUUUGUUAUGCCUCUAUCGGGUCAGAUACUGGGGGUUCUACUCGUAAUCCCGCAGCAUAUUGUGGCGUUGUUGGCUUAAAGCCCACAUAUGGUCUGGUGUCACGUUAUGGUCUCAUACCUUUAGUGAAUUCCAUGGACGUACCCGGCAUUUUUACGCGGAGUGUUGGUGAUUGCUUGGAUAUACUGAAUGCAAUCGCUGGGCCAGAUGCUAAAGAUUCCACUACAUUGAGAAACCCCUUCCGAAAAAUAGAAAUACCAUGUUUUGAAGAUAUAGAUCUUCGAAAUGUUCGGAUUGGUAUACCUAAAGAGUACCAUUGCGAGGGACUUUCCGGUGAAGUUUUGGAAACGUGGAUGAAGGUCGCUGACUUAUUAGCAGAUGGUGGAGCUCAAGUGCAGCAAGUUUCACUACCGAACACGGCGGCAAGUAUUUUCGUAUACUCGAUAUUGAAUCAGUGUGAAGUAGCUAGCAAUAUGGCGCGAUACGAUGGCAUAGAGUAUGGACAUCGUGCCGACAAUGAAAGCAGCACAGAAGAGUUAUAUGCAAAGACAAGAGCUGAGGGAUUUAACACAGUGGUAAAAACACGUAUACUAACUGGGAACUACUUUUUGUUGCGUAAAAACUAUCAGAAAUAUUUUGAAAAAGCACUGCGUGUUCGAAGACUAAUAUCCGAAGAUUUCAAACAUGUAUUUGAAAGGCCUAAAGACGGUGAAAAUGUAGUGGACGUACUACUCACACCCACCACCUUAACAGAUGCGCCGUUGUAUAGCGAUUUUGUAUCCCUCAGUAAUCGCGAUCAGUGUGCUGUCCAAGAUUUCUGCACGCAACCCGCUAAUAUGGCAGGCAUACCAGCUAUCUCAAUCCCCAUACGACUCUCCAAAACCGGCCUACCGAUCGGGUUACAAUUAAUGAGUCGCUCUCUUAACGAGGAAAUGCUGUUACGGGUGGCUAGCUGGAUAGAGGCACAAGUAGAAUUCGACUGUCUGGCUAAUGAACAAAUUUAUGCAGCUCGUAGCUAGGAUUAUUGCUAAUAACCAGCACUGUAAUGUUUUAUUAUUCAAUUCUAGGGUACAGUUCUUGAUUUAUUUAUAAAAUAUGCAGCUCAUUGGAAAAUAUAGUUACAUAUUUUUCCUUAAUUCACAAAUACCCUAAACAACAUUUUUUUUUUGAAACUGCGUUUUUCGAAGAUUUUGUUAGGAGGUAUUAAAGUACACUUUCAAUUAAAAUUUUAAAAUGCUAGUACCCAAAAGAGUUGCAUGCCGCUUUUUAAAAAGUCCCACCUGUUUUUGAUACUAUUUUUAAAAUGUUUCUGGUUGUUGGUUAAAGCCUUUGUGAAUUAAGAUAACGAUAUGCAAAAACUUAAAAAUGGUUCCUAAUUUAUAACGUUGGUUAUCAAAAUACACAAUGUUCAUAGUCGUUUAGGUGCUUAACCUUAAUUAAUUUCAACCAAAGCAAUAUUUGUAUUACAUAAAUGUUCUUAACAAAGUAAGUAUGCUUGUAUUUUUCACCAGUUUAAUUAAUUGUGUUGUAUGGUUUGUUUUGCUUAGGCCGUCUUUGUAUCCCGUGUGACUGCGAGGAAACUAAAAAUAUUGUCAUAGUUAUGUACUUAAGUGCAUACAUAUUGCGUAUUUUAGUAAAACGAAUGUGCUUUUUUUACUAACCUUUUCUAAGAUUUUGUAAUUGACGCACAUAUUUCUUAUGUUCUGUACGAUUUAACCGAAACGUUCCAGACGCUCCAUGACCGGUAGUUUGACACAGCUUUCCAGUGGCAAUAGAAGAUGCAAUGUAUUGUGACACAGGUUUUGAAACUGAAAAUUAUUCAACACACUUUAACAACUUAAAUUAAUUAUUUGCAAUAAUAUUAACCUACAAGUAAUAGGAUUGUACGAAUGAUUCUCUCUUAUGGCCUUUUUGAUCGCAUAUAAAGAGACCCCUCUCCGUUUUUUAAAAGUAUGCGAAAAUAUGCAUUCAUCAACCAAUUUUCGCAAUUUUAACUCAUAAUGCGUUACGUUUAAACCAGUAAUAGAUGAUUCAACAUUUAACAUUUCUUCCCGCCUCUGAUUAAACAUAAGUGGCCGAAGGUGUUCCACUUGGCUUACAUUUUUCAGCAUCGAAUUUUGUAUACGUUUAAUCUAAAGCGAAAUUUGUAGUGUUUAAUUAUUAGUGUUUUCAAGAUCACUAAAUUAUUUUUUAGUUUACAGGGCUGUUAAUAUCCUCCCGCUUACGCUGGUGAUGAUUAGGCGUAGAAUGUGUGACAGUCCCUUGUGUUUCUCCAUAUAAAUCAGCCCGAAUUUGGUUAGACCGAGGUGAAGUGUGACAAAUAUCGCGACUGCGAAGCUUAUGUACCAUUUCAGUGGGAUUUUAAUUAGAUCACACUGAUGAAGUAUAUAUGUAUAAAUUUAGAUGAAAACAAACUUGAAUAUAAUUAAAUUAACUAAAUACAAAGUCUAUGAAAAUCACUGGAAUCAAAUAUUACACUGCAAAAGCUAUUUUAUGUAGCAUUAGCAAGUUGGUAUUUAUUUCCGUUAGAAAUAAUGUUUUCGUACUGCUAGCAAUGGGUGCGUUUAAUCUUACUUUAAGAGCAAUUAUGUAUGCAAGAAUGGUGUGAAUUCAGUACAGGUUUAAUAUUGUCUCAUUUUCUUUAAACCGCUAGACGGUGAAAUCCACA